AGAUAAGUACACGAUGUUUUUUGUUAUUGAAAGUAAAGUUGAGCUUUACCCCAUCGUUUGGUGUCGACUUUUAUUACGUCACAUCUGCCACGGCGGUGACUCUGGUGGCCAACCAAAACGGGUAGAGUUUAUACAAUUUUAAAUGUAUUUCCAUAUAUAUAUAUAUGGAUGAAAUAGUAUAGAUAGACAGUUCUAAACGUGUGCACAAGUGGAGUUUAGUGAUGUAUUUGGCUAUUGAAGAUUUGCCGAUCAACCCGAUUAGUUAAUCCAGAAAAACGUUAUACUUGGACACCUCAUUACUCCCUCGACUUGUUUUGUUUUUGAGACGCUGGAGCGUCUCCAGUUGUUACUUCUAACCAUUUGUUUAUUUUAAUAUUCGUUUAUUUGUGAUCAGUCCUGCGACUUCUACCUUUGAGCAUAACAACUGGUAAAUUUCCGCUUUUACCAAAGCCAAGAUGAUUGAAGUGGUGGCCUCCGUGGCCCGAGGGCCCGUGUUUCUGGCUGGAGAGGUUUUAGAGUGCCUCGUUACCUUCACGAAUCCGAUGUCCCACCUUUCUACUAGUGCAAGCAGUGAGAUGCUUGCAUGGGCCAGUGCUCAGAUCCACUGCCAAUUCCAUGCCAGUGAGAGCCGUGUGGCUGUGCCCUGUCAGAGCUCCAAGCAGGAUGUGCAGGUAGAGAGUGACACCGUGCUUAUCCCCAGCAGAGGGGAAAGAGGCCAGUGCAUGCUAGACACUCCACCCAAGAUUCUGUUCUGUGAUCUCCGGCUGGACCCUGGAGAGAGUAAAACUUAUUCUUACAGUGAGCUUGUUCCCAUGGAUGGACCUCCUAGUUUCCGUGGCCAGGCAGUCAAAUACGUAUACAAGUUGACAAUUGGCUGCCAGAGAGUCAACUCUCCCAUUAAGCUUCUGCGUGUUCCCUUCAGAGUGCUUGUGCUGCAUGGUAUGCCAGAGCCCCCAUUUCCACAGGAUGAGGAAGUGGCCCCCUCAAACCCUUUCCUGGAGGAGGAAGAGGGAGGGAGGAGGGACACAAGACCACUGGAACGAGCACUGGACAUGCUGAUGAUCACCACCUCACGCCGCACUCCACAUCUGUUUAAUAUCACUAACGCGCGAGGCAAGGUGGCCAAAUUCUGCAUCUUUAAGACAAUGUACAGACUAGGAGAGGACAUCAUAGGCACAUUCACCUUUUCAGAAGGAGAUAUCCCAUGUUUACAGUACUCAGUAAGCCUGCAAAGUGAGGAGGAGGUUCAUGAGCAGUACCGCAGGCGGCCAGGUCAGGCAGUCAGCGUGACCUCUCACGCUCGGCACCUGGAGUCAUGCCUGCACACAGCCUCCAGCCACUUCUCCCUGCCUGUCCCACUCAACGUUACGCCUGGCUUCAGCACCGACAUUGUGACCCUAAGAUGGCGACUACACUUCGAGUUUGUCACAGCAAGAGAGCCAGUGGAGCUUCCUACUGUUCUUCAGAACCAAUCAGAAGUCACCAUAUGGACUGGGACUGAGCAGGUAGAUGUGGACACCUUCAGUUGGGACCUACCAAUUAAAGUGCUGCCCACAAAUCCAGCGCUUGCUUCAUAUGUUUCACAGUUUACAGGGACCAAUAGCAUCAAUAUCUGAUUGGGAAGAAAGUGAGUCUGUGUAUGUAUGUGUGUGUGUGUGCGUGCAUUUUCUGAAUCUUGUUCUGGGAUUCCAGAUCAAAAGCCAGACUCUUGUUUCUGGUUGUUUUAUUUGGUUUUAUCUUUUUGCAGUGCAGUGAACAUAUGGAUAACUAGAAAGACUUGUCAACUCAUGCUAAACACUUUUACCAUUUCUCGUGUGACCUACUCAGGACCUUUUUGAAUAUUUAUUUAAUAUUUCUUUGCUAAUUUACAUCAUUUUACAUCAAAUGUCUGAGAAGCUGCUCUACUUUUUUUAUGCAAAUGUGUGCUGUACUUCAGUACGCAUUUCUCUAUGUUACAGAAUACAGUGUUGUAAAGAGAUUCCUAAAGAAAGUGUUUCGAGCUCUUGGCAAAUAAAAUACUGGAAACAUA